AUGGCGAUGAGCUCUUUUUCUCUGCCAGACACUUCAUUCUUGUCCACCAAAGACAUAACUCUCAACUUGUCCAUACCCUGUCUGGCGGUCUGGACGGCUUUGUUGCUGAGGAAGCGAUGCAGAGGAUCACCAAAUUUGGCAGCUAACGCUUUUGUUGUCAUUGCAACAGCCUUGCUUCCUAUUCUAGCUGCAAACUUGUAUUCUUUUGGCACAGUAGAAUCAACAUCAGAGGCUACAGCGUUAAGAAACUCGGAUUUCGGAAGGCCUGUGAAUCGAUGCUGAUACAUGCCCGGAGGCAAGAUUCCUUCAGCCACUGGAGGGUGAUAAACUAUCCACCUUCGAAGUUCUCC